AUGGCCGUCCUCUCCACCGUCGCAACGGGCGUCGUCGCCAGCAUCCACUCGUACAUCCUCGUCCUCGAGAUGUUCCUCUGGACCACCCCGCGCGGCCGCAAGGCCUUCAACCUCAAGCCCGACUUCGCCCAGCAGACCGCCACCCUCGCCGCCAACCAGGGCCUCUACAACGGCUUCCUGGCCGCCGGUCUGGUCUGGGGCCUCGUCCACCCCGUGCCCGAGUUCGCCAGGCAGAUCCGCCUCUUCUUCCACGGCUGCGUCGUCGUCGCCGGCGUGUACGGCGCCGCCACGGCGUCCCGCCGCAUCCUCUUUGUCCAGGCCAUUCCGGCGGCCAUCGGCGCUGGUCUCGUCCUGCUGGGUCUGUAA